CGUUCAUGUGUGCUGUCUGUGUAUCACAAACCCGUGGUCCAGUCCACGAACACUGCUCCAACCAUGCUGCUGACCAGUGGACAGGACAGGGCAGAGCUCUGACCACGCCCCCUAAUGCUUCCUGCCCGACGACGUCAUUACGUCACUCUGCAUCCGAAGCUAGACCAGUCGCAGCCAUUUUACUCGGCGAAAUAAACUUCAAUCUCAGAGCCAGACGGCAUAACUACACACUUAAGACAGUUCCGUUGACAUUAAUGGAUAUCCUGUUGUGAACCGCGGCUCGAGUGGAUUUGGGGUUUCAAGGUUUCGCAUUUCGGUUCGACUCGAUGGCUACGCUCAACUCUUGACCAGCCCAGACGUCUUUUUCUCCCGUCCCAUGCUGUCUUCUGCUACUUCAGGCAGCGGGGAGACAUAACAUAAAGGGACGGUGACCCAUAGCCCUCUUGCUUGCCUUGGACCCUCCUCAAUCCCCUGCUGAGGCAAGAUGGAGACGCAGGCCUCCCAGGGGCAGCUAGGAGCAGAGGGGGAUUGUGGGAUGUCAAAUCUACUGGUGCCCAGUCCCCAGAGCGAGGCGGUGACCCACGAGCUGGAGGAGCUGUCGCUGCAGCCCACUCAGAGCCUGCCUCCGCUCAAUGAACGCAAGAAUGUUCUGCAGUUGAGGCUUCAGCAAAGGAGAACCAGGGAGCAGCUGGUGGACCAGGGCAUCAUGCCACCUCUGAAGAGUCCAGCAGCUUUCCACGGGCAGAUUCGCAGCUUGGAGAGAGCCAGGACUGAGAAUUUCCUCAAGCACAAGAUCCGCAGUCGUCCAGAGCGAGCAGAGCUGGUCAGGAUGCACAUCCUGCAAGAGACCGGAGCGGAGCCCUCGCUGCAGGCCACUCAGAUGAGGCUGAAGAGGGCCCGGCUGGCAGACAACCUCAACGAGAAGAUCGCCCAGAGGCCGGGCCCCAUGGAGCUGGUGGAGAAAAACAUCCUGCCGGUGGAUUCUAACCUUAAACAGGCCAUCAUCGUGGGCCAGGUGAAUUAUCCCAAGGUUCUGGACGAAGACAGCAGCGACGCUCUGUCCCCGGAGCAGCCAGCCAGCCAGGAGUCUCAGAGCUCUGUCCCUUCACCGGGGGAGGUCAAAGUGCCGGAGACGCCCUCUCCAGCCCCGGUUCCUGUCCAGAGCACCAUUCUCCAGCCCCCCCCAGCAACAGACUUUAUGAAAGUGAUCUCCACCAAUGAGCAGCCUGCCAGCCGCCCAGCUGUCCCCCCAGCUCAGCCAGUCACUACAGCUGCUGUCCCAAAACCAGGCCCAACGCUGGUGAAACAAAGCCAGCAGAAGACUCCCUCGGAGAAGAGUCGCAGCAAGAAGGGCAAAGAGCCAAAGUCAAGGGUGAAGAAGCUCAAAUACCACCAGUACGUUCCCCCGGACCAGAAGCAGGAAGCCAGCGAAGCGCCCAUGGACUCCUCGUACGCGCGACUACUGCAGCAGCAGCAGCUGUUUCUCCAGCUGCAGAUCCUCAGCCAGCAGCAGCAGCACUACAACUACCAGACUAUAUUACCGGCACCACUCAAACCCGUAGCGGAGGGUCAGAGCAACAGCGCCGGCGCUCUGCCAACCUCCAUAAUGGUGUCUUUACCCACCGCGCCUCCUCCUCCUCCCCUGCCUCCCACGUCUGCCCGGCCCAACAACUCGCUGUCCAGCAGAAAACCGGGAGUCCUGCCCGCCAACCUGGAGGAGAUGAAGGUGGCUGAGCUAAAGCUGGAGCUGAAGCUGCGUGGCCUCCCUGUGUCGGGAACGAAGACCGAUCUGAUAGAAAGACUGAAGCCUUUCCAGGACAACCCCUGCACCUCCGCUCCUCCUGCCAUUCCUGCUCCCGCGACCACCACCCUCUCCUCCAUCCCCAUGGAGGUCACCAGCGCUCCCGCGCCUGCCAUAGUCUUUCCAGUCCAGCAGAUGGCUCCAGAGAACAUGAGGUCCACACCGCCGCCGCCGGUCUCGCCUCUUCCCAACGAUCCCUCCGCCCUCCAGCAGGACGUGGGCAUGUCCGACGCUCCACCCGAAAUGCAAAUGGUGGGCUCCGGCUUGGCCGGCCCGCGGUCCUCGCCUCUGUCCACGUUUCAAGCCCCGGAGGAAAAAGACAGAAGGCUCCAUGAGAAGGAGCGGCAGAUAGAAGAGCUGAUGAGGAAGCUGGAGCAGGAGCAGAAGUUGGUGGAGGAGCUGAAGAUGCAGCUAGAGGUGGAGAAGAGAGGUCAAGGCGGCAGCGACUCAGCCUCUCUGUCUCCACAACUCACUUCUCUACCUGCCCUGAACGCUGUCCCUACUGUCCUCAACUCGAACGUGGUAAAAAUGGAGGGCGCAGUCCUGUCAAACUGCUCAUCCACCAACUCAAUCCUGGGUUCCCAGGCGCUCGCGGCCCCGCUGCCAACGGUGGUGAAGCUGGAGGACGUGACUGUUUCUUCCGGGAAUCCGCUCCAGCUCCAGACGCAAACCCAGCUCAUCACCCAGAUCCAGCCCCAAGUGACCACCAGCCCACAGCUCAUCCCCCAGUCCCAGAAAAGUCCCAAGGUCCAGGCCCAGCCGCCGCCCCAGGCUUCGCCCUCCGGCCUGCAGCAGUUCUUCAUCAGCCAUUCAGGCGGAGUGUCCCAAGUGCUGGGUCAGCCUCAGACCUUGUUAACAGCAUCCGGGCAACCUCAGACUCUGCUGACCACUACGGGCCAGGCUGGUACCCAGAUCCUGCUCCCAGUCUCACUACCUAACAACGCUACUGCCAUCCAGCUGCCAAGCACCACUGUCAGCCUGCAGCCCGUCCUCCAGGCCACAGUCUCAAACCCAGGCCUGGUCCAGGCUCCAGUCCCUCAGCUGCAGACCACUAAGAUGGAGAUGGCACCCAGCCAGCAGCAGCAGCCGCUGCUACAGACUCUGACUAUGUGCGGUAACGCUUCUGGUUUGGAGAACCAGACGAGAGCCGAGAUGAGUUUCCUCAGAAACUCCCCAGACAACAGGGUCUCUCCACGGGCUUCACCCAACCACCACAUCUCCAACGGACCAAUCAAUAAGUCCCCUUCUCCCCAGCCCACCUUCAUCCUCCAGCCCACCUCCCUAGUUACUCAGCCUCCCAAGACGAGGGAACCUCCCCGCUACGAGGAGGCCGUCAAACAGAGCCGCAACCUGCACAUCAACAAUGUUUCACAGGGUCCCACAGCAACCAGCCAGCAAAUGGACGACUUGUUCGACAUCCUCAUAGAGAGCGGAGAAAUGACUCCGUUCAUCCAGCAGGACCCUCCGGUGUCCCUCACCGCGACCCUCCCCGUCACAGCCAGCAUCACCACCCUCCCGGUCAACACCGUCCUCUCCCGGCCGCCUCCGCAGGUCCAGGUGGCCCCUCCCCCGACGCUGAGCCCCCUCGCCAACCCCAGCCUCUCCUCCCUGGCCACGGACAACCAGCUGGAGGCCUUCCUGGAGGUGACGCUGGCGGAGACGUCGACGGACCCGCGCACGCGGGGCCUGAUGGAGGAGCUCCAGGCCCAGCUGAUGGACCAGCAGCCGUACUCGCCCAUGGACACGUCGGACCUGUCGUUCUGCGACUCCUCCUCGCCCCCUUCCUCCCUCAACAUGGGCCUGUCCGACCCGACCCUGGACAACAUGGAGUGGCUGGACCUCACCAUGCCCCCGGGUCCCGCCGGAGCGCUCACGCCGCUGGGGAUCCCCACGGACUUCCUGGAUUCUCCCGCGGACCUGCAGCUGCACUGGGACUGAGGGAGGGUGGGAUGGGGAUUGUUAAAGGAGCGUCGGUUGAGCCAGGAGAUGGACAAGAGAUGGAUGGAUGAAGAGGAGAAGAAAGGGGCUGACGCCUGUAGAGAAGCCAAAACCGAGAGGAGAAAACACGGCAUCUCUGUGCCACAUCACUGUCACCAGUGCAUCCAUCCGUAACCAUCUGUAAUAUUCCCACUAUUCUACAGGAAGUACACUGAUCAAGGUGGAGAUGAAGGAAGAGUUUGCACAGCUUUAAAAGAGGGAUUAUCAUACCUGAAGGUGAUACUUGUAGCGUUUGUGUGAAGGGAUUUUAAACAGAGGACUUUUUUAACGAUCACUUACAGAGCCAAGGAGACCGAGCCAAAUGAAGACGGUUUGUAAAUACACUAAAAGAACUUCUCUCUGCCACGGAGCUGAGUCGUAUAGAGGGCUGAGCGUUUCUCUGCUUGACUUCCAAUGAAAACAGUUUUACUGUGUCAGCACAGUAGCUAGACGUGUAUAUAUUACUGAAGGCGAAAGCCUCGGUUCCACUGAAGCACAUUGUGCCAUACUAGGUCACAAAAGCCGGUGGUUCAGACCACAGAUGAAAUCUAGUCGUAUUUAUCAUCUUAAGGGACGUUUGAUUCUCAUUAAAGGGGCUUAUCCUUCCUUUAGGAUGCCUCAGAUACUGACCACUUCACCUGGGAAAGCUUGGACUCAACCAGGAUCCGGACGCUUUAAAUCAAGUCAGUCGACAAGCCAAGUUGGAAAGGGAUUCCUAGAAGAGGGGAGGUCCAGCCUCCGUUCACACUGGUCCGGCCUGCUACACACCGCGGACGACACGUCGGCCGACUGACGGUGGGGCUGCUUUCCCCCCGUCUCAUCGCGGCUCCUCCGGGCCGGCCCGAUCAAAACGGCGACCGGGGAAAGAUCUGGCGAUGAGAGGAGGGAGCUCCUCCGUCAGCGUGAGAGCUAUGCACUAAAGAGGCAGAGACCCGGCGACGCCACCCACUCACCUCAGAACAAGGAAAUGUGAACGCUGCGCGUCCGACGCCGUCGGCUGCGUUCGGCUCAGAGAUCGGGUCGCGGUGCAUCAGUUGUCCAAGUCUCUUAUUUUGAAUGUACUUUUAAAAAAUAUCUACAAAAAAAAAAAACAGGACUUAAACAGUUGGCAGCUUUUUUUUCCUUCUGAUAAGCAAACUGACGUAAAACAGAGGAAAGGGAACAAAUAUUGGUUUGCGAGACACGCGUGUGUAAUAUGUGUUAAUGAACUUAUACUGAGCUAUGAUGAUGUCUUUGAUGAGCUUUAUAUCUAGCUGUCCUACUGCACUUCGUCUCUGUGUGUGUGUGUGUGUGUGUGUGUGUGUGUGUGUCUGUGUGUGUGUGACGCUGGGGAACGACUGCAUCGGUAGCUGACACGUAUCCUGCAGCUGAUGAGUUAGUUCGCUUCACCAGACCGUUAUCAAGUGACCUCAGCGUGGAGGAAUCUCCAGGAGUCAAAUCUGGUCGGUGAAAUAGUCAAACUGCAUCCGCCGCUGUGGCCUGCAGACAAAGUUACCUUCCUGACCGUGUGUGUGCAUGUCUGUGUGUGUGUGUGUGUGUGUGUGUGUGUGUGUGUGGAUUCGUCUUCCUGUCUCUUGCAUGUGCGUCCGUGUCUCCGUGUGCAUGCAUGGUUGUAUUUAAUCUCCUCCUCAGCCCUGAAGAAAUCAGAUCAAAUCAUCCACCUGACAUAUUCCGAGUUGCAUUAAUAACGGCUGCUGAUGACUGUUUUUAUUUUUUAAAGUCUGCGUCGAUGUCCUCCAGUCAGCAACGUGGACGCACACACACACAAACACACGUUUAGUGUGACUCGCAGCGAGGAGUCGGUGUAGAGGGCUGUUUGUUUUUAAUCAAUCGCGUCAUAUUCCACUGGUGUAGCAUCUCAGCCUAUUUAUUCUUUUGGGAUGGAUACAGUGUAACUAUAGGGCACUUUAAAACAAGACCGCUUUUUAAUUCUCCUCUUUUUUUCCUUCAUAUAUAUAUAUAUUUUUUAGUCACUUUUAACCGCCUGUUAUUUCGUCCUUGGGCACUAGAGGCCUUUGCCUCUCCUCUGUUGUGGCACAUUUUUUAACAUCGACAACUGUUGAACUUCAGGGUCGUUUGUAAGGGGUAAAAAAAAAACUGAAGGGAGGCGGUUUGAUGCAUUUUAAAGUAAUGUAUUUUCUGCCUGUACUGAGCCCUUUAUGUCAGCGCUGGCUGCGUUUACAAAGACAAUGCUGUUCAGUGUCAUUCAGAUCAUUCUCAACAGAGAUUCUACCUUGUAACAUCAACGCACAACAUUUGGCUGGUGGUCAUAAUGUUGUGGCUGAUUGGUGUGGAGUACAGCUCAGAGGAAUGCCAGCGUCCACGUAAACGCAGCCAGUGUCUUGCCAGAGAAGCACGACUCUCUUACCGCUGCAGCUUAUCACCUGGUCAGGCCAAGACGCGUGGAUGCCAAAUACUGCACUCGCCUCCUUCUGGGGUUUGUAGUAUUUAGUGUUUCUGUAGUUUUCUAUAAACGCUCACCUUUAGUUCUCAGCCGCGGGGACCUCAUCGCGCCUGCCUCCAGGUCGUGUUCCUUCCAUUUUCCACACCUUAAAUCUACGACGAACAGUGGAAGUCACCAGCUGACUCGUGUAUCUUAGCAGACGACGCGUCGGUCACAAGGCUGUUUGUUAUGUUUGAUAUUGUGUCGCCAAAAAAAAAACAAAAAAAAAAAGGAACUUAUUAUCACGUUUUGUUUUUUAUAUUUAUCGCUUUUUUUUAGGGUUAAAAGUAAAAGAAGUGAAAAGUUUUGUGAAUUCUGUAAAAGAAUCCUUCAUGUGUAUAUUUUUUGGUGCAUCUUUUUUGUUGUUGUUGUUGUUUUUAGUUUGUGUUUUUUUUAUACUUCACCACCUCUUGGCUGCACAUAUGUAUGUGAUUUUAAUGCUCGGUGUGACACCGCUCACAGUUGGCCAUCGUGCUCGCUGACCGGGCAGACGAGGACAGCGGAAAGCAAUAAUGGCUGCUCUCCUUCGAUGUACUGUACUGUAUGUCAGAUCCUGCCUUGAUUUAACUCAUGUGGGAGCCUUUACUACCGAGUGACACAGCUCUAAAGCACUUCUACCGGAGAGGAGUAGGGCCACCGUAAUACAAAAAAAAAAAAAGAA